CUAAGGCGCCAGCGCUACUCGUGAUGCUGGCAAGCUACCCACCUGCUGAAAUGUGUUUCACGCAUGUGUAGAGCUGCGACCCCGCAUCCAAGCAGCCAUACACCAGCUGACUAGAGACACCUGUAAGCAAUAAGUUCUUUCAAUCUGCCGGCUGACCGACCAGCACAGAACUCCAAGAGGAGUUUGACACCAGCGGACCCAACCAGGCAGCACCAUGGAGAGGCGACCGACCGGGCAGGCGCCUCCGCCAGCAGGCAAGUACUCUGCCGCGCGGUCUCACGUUAUGAAUGACAAGUACAUGGAUGACUUCGAAAAGGCCUGGGAGGAGAUGCACGGCAUGAGCAUACGAGAUGGCGGCGGCGGCGGCGGGCCCGGGGCCGGCGGCGGCCGAGGCCUGCCCGUGAGCGGCAGUGCGCUGGCGGCGCAGCAGCGCGGCAUAUACGCAGCCCUGGAGGAACCGUCAUCAUCGUACGGCUCCGGGUAUGGAGCGGGGCCGGCGGCGAGCGCAGGCAGCUUCGGAGGGCGGCAGAAUGUGGGCAUCUCGCCGUCCCGUGGCGUCAGCGGCCGCACGCCUGCAGCCCGAGCCGGCGGCAUGGGCGGCGGCGGCAUCCUGGGCGGCGGCGCCUCGUCCUCAGCUGCCGGCGGCUCGCUCCGCCGUCCGGGACCGCCAUCCUACUCCUCCUCAUCAAGCUCCAUGGCGGGCGGGGGUGCGGCCAAGCCGGGCUCAGCCUUCGGCUCGGCGCGCGGCACCGGCGCAGGCAUGGGCGCGGGCGCCAGCGGCGCCGCUGGGAGCAGUGGCGGUGGCAGCAGCUUCUUCAUUCCGGCAGGCGGGAGCAGGGGCGGAGGCGGAGGGGCAGUGGAGACGCGCGGCGCGUUUGGCGCGGCGGCGCUGUCGCGAUACCCCUCCCGCAUCACGCUCGGCUGGCACUCGGGGCCGGUGGACCCCGCGGGAGCACUGUGCGACUUGUCCGACAGGCCCAACACCUGCUCCGCUGCCGACUGGUCGCGCGGUGAGGUGGUGGUUGGAUCCACCGACCACGCGCUGUAUGUCCUGGAUGCUGUGCGGGGGCUGCGCAAGCGCACGCUCUACACCAAGAGCUGCGGACACACCGAGUGGGUCACGUGCGUGACGUACUGCCCGGACGGCCGCAUCGUGUCGGGCGGCAUGGACAGCAAGCUGUGGAUGUGGCCGGCGGGUGGCACGCGCGGCAUGCAGGCAGAGGCGCAUUUCGGACCCAUCUCCCAGGUCAAGUACGAUCCCUCGUCUGGUCUGGUAGCUAGCGCCUCGUACGACAAGACCAUCCGGCUGUGGCAGCUGGGAGCUCGGCCGCACGAGGCGGGCUGCCUGCAGGGUCAUGAAGCACCGGUUCUGGAAAUGAUUGUGAACAACAGCGGGCGCAUCGUGUCAGGCGACCGCAGCGGCAACGUGCUGCUGUGGGACACGUCUUCCUCGGGUGUGUCAUGGCGCAUGAAGAACGUGCACCAGGGCCACGUCACCUCCCUGGCCUGGUUCGACACCGGAGGCCCCGGCCGCGGCGCAAGCAGUGGCGGCGGCGGCGGCGGCGGCGGCUUCGGAGCAGAUGGCCGCGGCAGCGGCGGCGCCGCGGGUGGCGCGAGAUCGGCGGGUGAUGCGGACGCGAACCUGGCUGGCUGCUUCGUGACGGGCGGUCAGGACGGCGUGGUGCGGGUCUGGGACCCACGAUCCAAGACCAACGUUGCCAAGGUGCAGUUGCACGUGAACGAGCAGGGGCACGGCGCGGUCGGCGACAUCAUCGCGGGCGGCGCCGCGGCAGGUGGCAUGGUGGUCACGGCGGGCGCGGACGGCACCGUACGCACACUGGAUCCGCGGCUGGGCUUUGCGCUGUGCGGCACCGUGCGCCUGACCAACUUCCCCUACAGCAUGACGGCGGCGGGAGGCCUGGCGGUGGUGGGCUGCGGCGACGGAUCCAUUCACUUCAUCGACAUACAGAGCGCCCGCACGCUGUACGCGCUGGGAGCCAACCGCGCCGCGGUGCGCUGUCUGGAGGCCACACACGACCGGCUCCUGGCGAGCGGCGACGACGGCAACGCCGUGCUAUACAGCUUCAUGUAGAUGGACGGGUUUGUUCUAUGUAGAGCGAUGGUUUCAGUUCAGACAUUUUCAUCAUGCAUCACGCUAGCUAGUUGCUUGGUUGCUGGACCUAGAAUCAGUGAGCCUGGCCUCAGGGGCUGCGGGGGGAUGGCGUGUGCGGCGUUGCAGGGCUUUCGUGCGCGGGCUUUGCGGUAGGACGGGUCGCGUGCUGGAUAGCUUGGCAGGUAGCAGUGCAGCUGGGGCGCAGACCGGGUGCAAAAUGUCACAGGGCGGAGAAGCAGACGCAUAUGCAAAGGAUGAGAGGCAAAGGUAUUGGGGGGCGCGAAGACCGCAAACCAGCCGGCCGCGGCAGCGGCCAGAUGUCGGAGGGUGGCAGGGGUGCGGUGGUGCCACCCGCCACCCCUGGAAGGUGGCGGGUGGCAAGCAAGGGAGCUGUGGUGCGGUGUAUGCGUGUUCAUCGGCGGGAGCAUGCACAAGACGUCGUCAUUGGUGUAAAACUGUAAAUCA